AUGCCCGCUAUGGAAUCUACACCUCGCAUUAUUCAUCUUGCCGCUGAGAUUCACCAACGAGCAGCGGAACUCCAAAAUGUCCUCGAUGCGAAAGGGUUCCCGACGCCCUCUUUCGAUGAAGAUUCUCCUACUCGGCUGCCCGACGAGGCCAGCGAAGCCCAAGAUGCCAUUUUAGACGCAGCCGCAGAGCUGUAUGACCUCUUGCUGGAACCAACGACGCUGAUUCUGAAGAAUAGCGCGAACAACAACGUUGGCAGCCUCGGCUUCAUUGCCCGCUUUAAUAUUCCAGGGAUGGUGCCCCUGGGCGGCCAAAUGUCGUUUGCCGAGAUCGCCAAAAGGACAGGCUUUGCCGAAGGUAUCGUUGCUCGCUUUAUGCGGGACGCUGUGUGCAGACACAUAUUCUGCGAAACGGAGACUGGUUUCAUUCGGCACACCAAGACCUCGAAAGCCCUCCGCGAGCCGUGGUUUCUCGGCUUUUUGAAGGCUGGGGCCGAGGAGGGAUGGGGAACAAUGUCAAAGGUUGUAGAUGCUUUGCAGAAGUGGCCCGACUGCCAAGAGCCGGAACAGACGGCAUUCAAUUUAGUCCACAAGACAGAGGGCUCCUACUUCAGCAACGUAGCCAAGGACCAGGAAAGAGCGGCUCGGUUCAGCGCCGGCAUGAAAAUCCAAUGGGAGUUUCCCGGCUACAAGCUCGACUACCUGUUUGAGGACUACGACUGGUCCAGCCUCGGCCAUGUGCAGGUAAUCGACCUGGGAGGUUUCAGGGGCCGCAUCUCGCUGGCGCUCGCUCAACGAUUUCCCAACCUGAGCAUGCUCGUCCAGGACAUGGGCAUGAACAAGGAGGAGGCGCACGCGGCGGUGCCCGCCGAGCUCAAGAGUCGCGUCAAGUUCAUGACGCACGACAUGUUUGACGAGCAGACCGUCGCCGCCGACGUGUACUUCAUCCGCCAGGUCCUCCACGACUGGCCCGACAAGUACAACAUCAAAGUCCUCAGGGCGCAGAUUCCGAAGCUCAAGCCAGGCUCCAGGAUCCUGCUAAACGAGAGCCUUUUACCCGAGAAGCCGGGCUCAACCAUGGAUAUGGGUCUCAUAGCCACCAUGAAUGGCCGGGAAAGGACCCUCAACGAGUGGAAGGCCAUGAUCAAAGAAGCGGAUCCCAGGUUCCUCUUGACAAAAGUGUCUCAGUCUCCGGGCUCCAUGUUGGCCAUGUUUGAGAUUGUGUGGACCCCAUGA